UUUUUUUCAGAACCGUGCAAACCCUCGAGGAGUAAGUGUCGUUCGGCCGUCUUGGCAACGUGGCGCAGCGAAAAGGAUUGGAAGGAGUGUGAGAGGGAGCGAGAGAGGUAGAGAGCGAGUGUGUAUGUUUGUCCGAAGGAAAGAGUGAGAAGUGACUAGCGCUAGCUCGAUCGACAACGCGGAUUCGAAAGUUUGAACGCGCCCCCCUAUCCUCGGCCAGCAGCAGCAGCAGCAGAGAAGGAGGACCCUGUGCCAAUUUUUUGCUUUUCUUCAUCGCGCUUCAAUCGAGGUUAACGUUGCAGAAAUUGGAAAACGCUGCGUUUUUGAGGCUGGUGAAAAUUGGCGAACAAGCAAGUCGACGACACACGAGCGGGAGUUGUGAGGCUGUGCGAUUUUAUCCAACACCAAAUUUCAAGUUUCCGGCCAGGCUUCCGCCCAGGAAGCUCUUCUUCUCAUCCCCCCCGCCAACACUCGACACCUGGCAGUGUGUGGUGCCGUAAGAGCCGUUUUUCUUCGCGAAAUCCAACCACCCACAAAGCAGCCAGCCUCCCCACCCCACCUCAGCCAGCCCGAGGACGAGGAGAUUACAUCGCGUUUCCGUAUGUGCUCUGCCCGGUCGCUUACGCAUCACCACCACCACCGCCACCGUCGCGCGUUCGCCGUUUCGCGAGAAAAGAUCUAUCUCCAUCGACCCCCUCCGUGUGCCAGUUCCGUGAACCACCGACGAGAAGCGAGCAAAUCUCGGUUGAAUCUGUGAUUAUUCGUUUCUUUUUUAUUUUGUUGCUACUGCUAAAUUCUGGCUGACCUGUGUUAUACCCACGAAAAGUGCGCGAAAUUAGUGGUUUUGCUCAAAUCAAAAGUUUCGUUUUGCCAAUCGCGAGAUCACGCUAGCAGCAGCUGCAAUUUUCCAAGCAAAUUAUAGGCCCGAGGUCCGCGCUAGCAGCCAUUUUUGAAAUCGCGCACAGUCGUGUGCGUGUGCUGUGUUUGUGCCGUGUGUCGUCAGUCAGCCCGUGCCCGUGUGUGUCCGUCCACUGGCGUGUGUUUGUGCGCGCGAGUCCGUCGUGUGAACAGAAAAACGCACCAACACGGCCGCAACGUGUUGGACGAACAGCGUAAGCACAAAGCGCGGCGUAUGAGUGUGCGUGUGGGCAAUUCGUAACCAAGUUACGUUGUGUGCGCUGCACCGUGUGCCUGCUGUGCGUUGCUUUUGAAUGAGUUCGUUGCCAUUGUGUGCGUGUACUGUGCGCGUGUGAAAGGUUCCGUCUCUUUUGUUUCAUUCGUUUCUCGUUCCUGACUACGUUCCUACACCGACACGGUUUGUCCUUCGCCUGGCUCCGUUCCCGAGUCACCACCAUAUCGCAGCCUGGCACCAUCCACCCCAAGUGUGUGAUCCUUUUGAGAUUCCGUGAAUUCAACCUCCAGUCCAGCCAACCACCCGCGCGCAAGUGGUCUUCGCCUCUUCUUGCCCCAGUUUACCUUCGAUUCGCGCUUGUGCUUGUGCUUUGUGAUCAUCGCCCCCUUCCCCCCGUCGGGCACCACCAUCAUCACCCCUCGCGCCAGUGAGAGCUUCUUCGGUCGAAUAUCCGGUUCCGCGUGACGCAGCACUUAAAAGAGGAAGAAAUAGUGGUGGAGAAGCAGAAGGAGGAUAGGCGAAACUGGUACGCACGACGCACGCAGUUUGUGAAUGUUAUUCGCACGUUGCGGGACGAAACAGCAGCACAAAGGGAAAUCGACGACGAUACACCGUUGCCACGCCACCUCGGAAGCAGCAGCGCCUACCAAGACGACGACGACGACGACGUCGAGCAUUAUCAUCACCACCAUCACCAACAGCAGCAGCAACCUGCGUCGUCCAUCAUGAGAACAGAGGUGAAUUCGGCGGCCGACUUUGUGAUGAAUUUGCUGCGCGUGCGGAAGGCGAACCAGCUGUCGGAGAACCAGCUGCAGCAUUUCAAGGGCUCGCUCGAGCAGAUACUGACGCGCCACUUCCAGCGUCACUGGUACCCGGAAGUGCCGACGAAGGGGUCCGGCUUUCGGUGCCUGCGGAUCAACGGCAAGAUGGAUCCGAUCAUCGAGAAGGCGGGCCACGCCGUCGGUCUGAAUGCGGUCAUCCUGCGCAAGCUGCUACCCCUCGAGCUGACCAUCUGGAUCGAUCCGGACGAGGUGUCGUAUCGUAUCGGUGAAAACGGGACGAUCUGCGUGCUGUACGAUAUCGCGCAGAGCCGUGCCAGCCCGUCGUCGGACCUCGAUUCGACGGGCAGCAGCACCGGGAUGAGCCCGUGCGAUGAGUUCAUCAUGGAGCGUGUCGGGCGGCUGGAUCUGUCCGUCUCGUCGGUGGACAGUGGCAACGGUAGCAGUGGUGGGGCGAUCGCCGACUACUUGGAGCACAGCUCCACCAACGGCAAGGCGCACCAGCAGCAGCACCAUAACAACAAGUACAAUCACAACAACCAAUCGAACAACCACCAUCAUCACCAUAACCAUGGCAACAACAACAGCA